UUACUCACUACAACAACAACAACAACAACGACGCUAUUGUCACACUGCCGUCUGCCUGCUGCCGACACGACGUUCGCAAUACUCGUCAGUUAUUCGAUCGUCAGCGCCCGUUGGCCGAGCGGUAUCCAUUUUUUAUUUACGCCUUUACUUCGGUAAACGUUUGUUUUUUUUCAAAAGUAUUUUUCUCUUUCGGUCGGCGUUCGAUUAACGCCGUUCAGUCGCGGCAUUUUAUUCCGUCCUGUUCGGCCGCCCGUGCGCGGAGAAUUAACGGGCUUUUCCCAAGAUGAAGAAUGUCUACAGCGUUCUCGUUGUGUUGUGCAUCAACCUCGCUUUUUCUCAAAGGACGCCCACUAUAUCUCAUAUAACACAAAAACCUAUAAAAGAUAUUGGUGGCACUGCAGAGAUGACAUGUUCAGUUUUAUAUGCCAUGGAUUUCCCUGUUUUAUGGGUUAAGGUUGACAAAGAAAAAAUAACUGAACCUGUAAUGCUUUCAUCUGGAAGCACACUUAUUAUAAAGGAUUCGAGAUUUUCAUUAAGACAAGACAUUGACAGCACUAGUUACACACUACAGAUAAAAGAUAUUCAAGAAACUGAUGCUGGUUUCUAUCGCUGUCAAGUCUUGCUUGGGUUGAACAACAAAAUAUCUGCUGAUGUAGAAUUAGAAGUGCGCAGGCCUCCUAUUAUUUCUGAUAACUCAACUAGAUCAUUGGUUGUAAAUGAGGGUCAACCAGUAAAACUUGAAUGUUAUGCUGGUGGAUUUCCUAGUCCGAGAGUUUCCUGGAGACGUGAAAAUAAUGCUAUUUUACCCACAGGCGGAUCCAUUUACAGAGGUAACAUUUUAAAAAUUCCGGCCAUAACCAAAGAAGAUCGUGGAACUUAUUACUGUGUAGCAGAAAAUGGUGUUGGAAAAGGUGCCAGACGUAAUAUUGCCAUAGAGGUAGAAUUCGCUCCUGUUAUAACAGUUCCCAAGCCUCGUUUGGGACAAGCUCUACAAUAUGACAUGGAUCUAGAAUGUCAUGUUGAGGCUUAUCCUCCACCAGCCAUUAUAUGGAUAAAUAAUGGAAUACAACUAUCCAACAAUCAACAUUACAGAAUCUCGCAUUUUGCUACUGCAGAUGAAUUUACUGACACUACAAUACGUAUUAUAACAAUUGAAAAACGUCAAUAUGGUGAUUAUAUUUGCAAAGCAUCAAAUGUAUUAGGAACUGCUGAAGUUACAGUUAAUCUUUAUGAAACAAUAAUUCCAGUAUGCCCACCAGCCUGUGGCCAACCAUCAUCACACUUAAGAAGCUCCAGCAUCAAAACUGCUAGUGUUAAUGUCUCAUUAUUGAUUGCUACAUACCUAUWCUUUGUUUACCUUUUAAAUUAGUUUUCCGUUCAAGAACAAUUCAUGAAUAUAGUGGUGUAGCCAGAAGAGUUGAAAAUCUUUGCCAACAGUAUCCAAUAUUUCAUUUGUUUAAAACUCCCAUUAACUUAUUUAUGGGUAUAAUCAUAGGUAUAAAUGUAUACAUAAACAUCACAACUGCUAGUGCCUUUAUUUUAUACUUAAUGGCUGGGUAUAUAUUAUAUAUUUAGAUAUAAAAAUAAUCAUUCCGUCCGAGAACAAAUUAUCAUAGUGUAAGCACCAAUAUUAUUUUAUCACUUAGUUGUUGUCAAAUGUCUAUAUUUUUUUCUCCUUUAUUUUUAGAUUAAUAAAUGA